AUGUCAAGAAUAGCGUUUGCAGGACGGAGGCGGUUCAUCAGCCCCUUUACUCGGCUCAGGGCCUGGUGGCUGGGCAUCGAAGACGUGGAGUUGCUUGCGCGGUACGGCGAGCGGGGGCUCUUUAGCACACUCUGGACGGAGUGGCGCGGCACUAUUAUUGUUUUGGCGUGCUCCACCGUCAUCUUGGUCAACCACGCGCAAACAAACGGGGCCAAUGAGAUUUUGGAGAAUAUCGAGCUUAACCGUCGACAGUACUACAAACGUGACUUUGCACCAGAGUACGUGCCGAACGCACCGCAGGCAGUGUAUGAUGGCCCAAAGGGAUAUGCCUAUCGCGACGAGGCGUCUGGGUUGAUGCUGAACGCCGAUAACAAGUGGGUCUCCGAUUUGUCACGUGAGGAGCGUCGUCAGCGACUCGAGUCGUUGGAGGUCACACCGGCCAUGGUUGAGGCCGCAAAAAGGCUGCGGCGUAGUUCACACUAUCAGUGA